AUGGCCGCCGUACAGCAGGCUGCUAUUUUGCAGCAACAAAUGGCUUCCCACAAGGAGAAGGUGUUCCAGUGGAUAAACGAACUGUCGAACCCGGAAUCGCGUGAAACUGCGUUACUGGAGCUGAGCAAAAAGCGUGAAACCGUACCCGACCUGGCACCGAUGCUGUGGCACAGUUUCGGUACGACCGCGGCGUUGCUGCAGGAAAUCAUCAACAUUUACCCCUCGAUCAACCCGGCCACGCUGACGGCGCAUCAAUCGAACCGGGUGUGCAAUGCGCUAGCCUUGUUGCAAUGUGUCGCGUCCCAUCCGGAAACCCGCUCGGCGUUCCUAUCCGCGCACAUACCGCUGUUCCUGUAUCCGUUCCUGCACACCACCUCGAAGACACGUCCGUUCGAGUACCUCCGUUUGACGUCGCUCGGUGUGAUCGGGGCACUGGUAAAGACGGACGAGCAGGAAGUGAUUACGUUUCUGCUGACGACGGAGAUCAUUCCGCUGUGCCUUCGCAUCAUGGAGGCGGGAUCGGAGCUGAGCAAAACGGUGGCCACCUUCAUUCUGCAGAAGAUUCUGCUCGAUGACAGCGGCCUGUCGUACAUCUGCCACACGUACGAUCGGUUCUCGCACGUGGCUAUCAUCCUGGGCAAAAUGGUGAUAUCGCUCUCUAAGGAACCGUCGGCUCGCUUGCUGAAGCACGUCGUCCGUUGCUAUCUACGGCUCUCGGAUAACCCACGUGCCCGGGAAGCACUCCGGCAGUGUCUGCCGGAUCAGCUGCGGGACGGCACGUUCACGGCUUGCCUGCAGGAGGACAAAUCCACCAAGCACUGGCUGACGAUGCUGCUGAAGAAUCUCGACACGCAAUCGGGACCUGGUGCCGAUCCGCGCCAGGUUGGCAUCGCGCCGCUCACGUCGUAAAAUCGGAACACCGCAAGGGACAACUUAUGCACACACACACACACACAACACACAAUAUAGGGCUGUAACCGUGCAAUCAGUGCCAGAGUUGCCGGAAACCGACGCAAAGUGACGUACAUACAGGAGCUAGGAGUUAGCAGUGAAUAGUAAUCGAAGGCUCGUUAGGAUUUUAGGGUUAAAUUAGCAUGCCGCUAGUUCGCGCUCUCGCUCGGCCGAGAGCGGCCAGUUACGAAUGGGUAAACCUCGUAUAGGAAAGUUCCUUUUUCGUUUCCCUCCCCGUACACCGAUGUAUAUUUUUGUUUUGGAUUUCUUUUUCUAAAGUAUUGCAUUAAGUAUCUAAAGUGUUACGCGAUUUGUAGUCGAUUUCCUCACGAAUGAGCACGAGGCGCCAAAAUGCAGUGUACAGAAGAUAAUUUUUUAUAUAGAACGCAAUCAAUGCGAACGGGCGGAAAAAGUCACGAUGUACGAAACCAUCCAUUUCCCGGCUUGCUUCGAAAGAUAGAUUAUGAUUAAUGAUGAAUUAGAGUUAUGUGUACGAUAUAAGAGAGAAAGGGAAAGGCAAGUAGAGGGAGAGACAGAGA